UCAAAUUAAAUCAAUAUCUGUGAGUGUUGUAAAAUAUAUUACUUUGUUUAUUUUAUAUUGAUAGUUUUUUAAAUAAUAAUAGAAAGAAUUAUAUAUAAUAAUUUACUUCUAAACUAUUGGAUUGAAUCCUUGUGGAAAUUGCAUCAAGUGAUCUUCAUGGUACCGGACCAAGUUUCUAGUAAAGAUUGAUUCCUCGGAGUUUAUUAAGUAUUCCCAUCCUCUUUCUUUAUAAGCUGGUCCAAGUCUGUCAAAUGUCGUUAUCACUUGAACAUCCCGUACCAAGAGCACUUUCACGUGCAAUAACUUUGGCCACUGCCGUGAAGGCUUCGGACGUGAGCGGCCCAAGACUAUUUCGCUUAUUGUCGUCGCCGGAUUUCUGACUGGCGCUGACGAUGCGCUCACCGAGAGUCAAAAGCUGCACGCUUCCAUGGCGCGCGGAAGACCGUUGUCAGCGAUCAGAAGUCGUCUCAGUGCCCACGCCAUGUGAGCUGAACGAACACAGUGCAGCGAGCUGAACCAAAUUGGUUGUGCCUCGUGACGAUGGCCGCAUUCGCCAAUCCCUCGCGCGUGAAUUUGCGGGCGGGCGGGCGGGUGGUGUUCAGACAUCGACAUAGGCUCGAACGAGGAGGAGGAGGAGGAGGAGCUCGAGCGGCAACAUGUCUCCGGCUGCCAUUUCGGACCCGAAGUGGACGACUGUGUCAAGGCGCUUGGUGAAGCCCGACGUGGGGAGGGAUCCGGAAUGCAUGGAGCUCACGCCGCUCGACUUCUUGUUCACAGAUCUCUUCUCGUCGUAUCUGUUCCUGUACAAACGCGGAUCCGAGGGCGCGGAAAUCGGCGCGCUGGACGUUGACGGGCUGAUUCGAUCUUUGAGUAAAACGCUGGUUCAUUUCUACCCGCUGGCAGGACGCCUGAUCAAGAACCCCGAAGACGGCUCCGUGCGCCUGCACUGCAACGAUGCCGGCGCCGUGUGGAUUCACAAACGCUACGAUGGACUUUUAUCGGACGUCCUCGACGAAUCCAACUUUCAGCCCGAUGAGCGUUUCUCUGGCCUCGCAGACACGAUUCCUCGCGACCAGGAGGUCUACGAUCCAUCGGGACGGCCUGCGCUCAUCGUCCAGGUGGCGGAGUUUCAGUGCGGGACGACAGUUCUGAGCCCGAGCUGGAGUCACAUGGUGGCAGAUGGCUUCUCGGCGCUCCACUUUCUCAAGUCGUGGGCGGAAAUCAGCAGAGGCGAGUCGAUUUCACUGGUUCCCAAUCACAAUCGCUCGCUCCUGGCGGUCAAAAAAGCUUGCAAGCCCGCAGAGGACUGCAGCAGCCUCCGAUCGCUCAACCUCACGCCGCAGACGGCCUGCAGAAAAUUGGCGUACAGCAAGCGCAGAAUCGAGGAGCUCAAGGCCGAAGCGCGAGGCGAUGGCGAUGGCGGCGCGCGCCUCUCGACCGCGAGCUGCUUCCUGGGCCACCUUUGGCGCGAGACGCUGCGGGCCCACGACGACCUCGAGCCGAGCCGUAGGUCGCAGGUCAUAAUCCUCGUCGACUGCCGGUCGCGGAUCCAAGACUUUCCGGCGGGCUUCUUCGGCAACUGCCUGGCCAUGGCGUCGGUCGGCGCCAACGUCGGCGACCUCCUCUCGAAGCCGCUGCAGUUCGCGGCCUCGGCCGUCCACGAGGCGAUGCGCACCGUCGAUGAGGACACCAUCGGACAAUUGAUCGCUUCGCUGUUCCGCGACCCUCUCUGUCUGCUCGCAGAGCCGUUCGAUACGACCCACACGUUGUCCUGCUCGUGGAUGAUGCGCUUCCCGUUCUACGAGCUGGACUUCGGGUCCGGCAUCCCGACCAACAUCCUGCGCAACAUCCCCAGCCGGACCAUUGUCGAGAUGUUCUACGUGUUCCCCCGGUCGCCCGCUUCUUCCGGUCCGGGCGACCUGGUCCUUGUCGCCGAAGGUGACGGAAGAAUCUUGUCGAAAUUCGGCGACGACCAAUGAGCGGCUGGCGGAGACGGUUACUCCCGGUCAGAACUUGGCCCAUAAACUCUCCCCGUAUUUUUCUGGCUGCGUAGACCACUUUGUUGAGUACACGUGGCUGUUCGACACCACUUGAUGACCUCUUGCGUAACUCUGUACUGUGAAGCGAGCCUUCGGUUGAAGGGUCUGGUCUUCGGUACUUUCUUUUGGCGCCCUUGGGCCAUUCUUUUCAUUGAAUAUCAUGACCACAGUCGGAUUCAAUGACUGUGGAAAUCUUUGAUCGGAUCUGAUUUCUCAACGUUCAUUAUAAUGAC